GUCACCGAUCACCGAUGGACUACCCUGGCGACGCUAGCUCUAGUACCGGCACAGUGACUACACCACCGCCACCCCUUCACAACGCAGCCCCCAAGAUACUGUCUAGGAACACCAACGGCACCUUGGUGCUGACGUCAACUCCCAACAACGAAGCUGAGCUACAGUUGUACCGCGUCAUGCAGCGCGCCAGCCUGCUGGCCUACUACGACACUCUCCUAGAAAUGGGAGGGGACGACGUACAACAGCUCUGUGACGCUGGAGAGGAGGAGUUCCUGGAGAUCAUGGCGUUGGUGGGGAUGGCGUCAAAACCAUUGCAUGUGCGGAGGCUGCAGAAGGCUUUACAAGAGUGGCUGACCAACCCUGUAAUGUUCCAGACACCCCUGGUGCCCGGAUCCUUCUCCAGAGUGGCGCCCUCGUAUGUCGCCCCCGUCAGUCCCAGCCCCGUCACAUGCAAACUUGACCCCCUCCUGCCUCACUCGCCAUCUCCCAACAACACUCAGGUAAUGGCUGGUGAGGUGGCCUCAAGUAUAGGCAGUCCUGGCAGAGGACCCGCCACUAGUACUAGUCCAGGCCCCGGACCCCCGUCCCCACUACAACUAACCCCUGUACUGAGCCCAGCCCAAGUACAGCGGCUGGCCGACUCUGCUGCUAACCUUGUCAAGCGGUUGCCACAACUGGAGACCACAGCCAGAGCAUCCACCAACCCCACCAAGAAGAAAGCCAACAAGGAACUUGAGAGUGUCCUUGCUAUGGACGAAGACGAUCCACAAAAACUAGAGCAGAUCAGGAAGUUUGCCGCUAUUUACGGACGCUUUGAUUGCAAACGCAAACCGGAGAAACCUCUCACACUCCAUGAGGUGUCUGUAAAUGAAGCAGCUGCCCAGAUCUGCAGACUUGUCCCUGCCUUGCUCAUGAGAAGAGACGAGCUAUUCCCUCUGGCCAGACAAGUUGUCAGGGACUCUGGUUACCACUACUCUAAGGGACAUUCCAAAGCAUACACUGUUAGUCACAGUUCGAGAUCAAUGUUGGGCUACAGUAAUGGAGAAAACGGCAGCAAGAGACCGAGGCUAGAUCCACCUCAGUCUCCCACUGACCUCACAGAGGAGUCAGCCAGACUCAGGCGACAGGAGAGGCUAGAGCAGAUAGGCGAUGAGUUGCACAGCGUAGAGGACCUGCUGACUGCAGGGUCGGCUCCCUACCAGGUGGAGGCUCUACAAGCUCGGCAAACACAGCUGCUACAGGAGCGCACGGAACUGAUGAGAUACAACUCCUCAUUACAUAUGUACAGGAGAACAAGCAGUUGUGGCCGAGUGUCUUCUUCUUUUGACUCUGAAAAACUUGAUACAGAUGAUACAGAUUCUCAACUUUCCUUUAGUAAUGCUAGCUCUCCCUCUCAGGAUGUUGGUGACUCCCGGGACUCACUAACGAGGGAGGCUGAUCUGUUGAGUCCAAAACCAAAACAGAAUGAGUCUGAAGAUGAGUUUAAAAUUGUCAACGAGAUGAUUGUAGUCCCUUCCAAAACGGAUACAGAGGACUUUGAAGAUCCUUACUUCAAAGAGAACAAAGUUCAGGUGAUUGCGUCCAGCGGAGGAAACAUCAUUGCUGUUGCCAACCCUGCACUCUCCAUGUCCCCAGCCAUCGUAGACCCUGUGCUUCUCAAGAAAGAAGCUGUUUCACCAAAGCUUUCAUCAUAACUCACUGAUUUUUACAGUAAAACCCAUUGUGAUCUAAAUUUAUAAGAUAAACUUUGUUAAAUGUAUUGUAAAGUUAAAUAAAUUGUUAUUUUAUGUUG